UCAGCAAAGCCUGGGGUCAGAGGGAAGAGUCCCCUGAAAGAUAAGACACUGCUCACCCACUGGGCCAUGUGGAGACGGAACAAAAGAGCCUUAGCUGCACAAGUUCUUUGCUUUCAUGAAAGGCAUUCCAAGAGCUUGCCCUCACCACCGAGGGUGAAGCAGAAGUUUUCAGCUACAAACCCCAAGCCCCACUGACCCGCUCCCUGAAAAUGCUAGAAUGUUCAGCACAAGCUGGGCUGUGUUGAUGGCCCUUCCCCUCCCUUGAGCUCUUCCGCCAUUCCUGCUUACUUCCUUGUUUCUCUUCCGGAGCGAUUGUAGAUUCUGGGAGUGGGAAAUCUAAGACGUGGCCUUCAGUAGCUCCAGGCACUGAAGGACAGCGGUGACCAUGAGCGACUCUCAGGAUGUGAAGGGCCCACAGCUGAGUCUCCUGGAGGAGGACCAGAUGGUAACCGUUAAAGGACAGACUUUUCCACCCACUUCCGGAUUCAGUAGUGUGUCAGGCUGCCUGGGAUAUCGCCUCACUCUCCUGAUCCUGCAGAUGCUAUCUUUUAUCAUCUUGACCGGGCUUCUGGUGGCUGUCCUCAACCAAGGCUCCCAACUUCUUGGCUCUCAGAAUCAAUCAGAACAGGAACUCUACCAAGAACUGACCCAGCUGAAAUCUGCAAUGGACAGCCUGUGCCGGCCUUGCCCCUGGGACUGGACGUACUUCCAAGAAGACUGCUACUUCUUCUCUAAGUCCAAAAGGAACUGGGAAAACUCCAUCAAGGCCUGCCUAGAGAUAGGGGCCCAACUGGUGGUCAUUGAAACUGAUGAGGAGCAGAGCUUUCUGCAGCAGACAUUAAAGAAUAAAGGCCAGACCUGGAUAGGACUGUCAGACCUGAAUGAAGAAGCCACGUGGCGGUGGGUGAACGGCUUACCUCUGUCACAAGGCUUCAAGCAGUAUUGGAACAAAGGAGAGCCCAACAACGUUGGCGAGGAAGACUGUGUGGAGUUCACAGGCGAUGGCUGGAAUGAUGCCAAGUGCAACAACGCAAAUUUAUGGAUCUGUAAAAAACCUUCGUCCGCCUGCUCCUCGAGUUCUUUGACAAAAAAGCUCUGAGAGUCUUCUCCGUCCCAUUCCCCCUCUCUCACCUGAGUCUGGACCACUGUGGUCCUUCCUUUAAUGCCUUCAGGAACCCCUUUGACUUAAUUGCUUGUGGGGAUGACUCACUGAUACAACGACCAGGUGUGGGUUGCAUUCAGGGGCGUGUGUGUGUGUGUGUGUGUGUGUGUGUGUGUGUAUUUGGGUGUAAGGGGGGGGUGUUCUGUUGAUCUGUUCUGUUUUCCUUGCUGAGAUUAAAAAGGUUUGCACAAAGA